AUGUCAACUGUCAGUGGUGUUAAAAAAAAUCAGUGGAAAAAAUGUGUUUUUUAUUUUAAAUUACAUUUAAAAUUCUUAGCUAUUAGUUAUUUUAAAAACUGAAGCACAUACCAAUUUUAAUUUAGUUUAAUUUUUUAAUAUGGAAUGCAAUGAAAAUAUUAAGGAUUCUAGAAACCAAGUAAUAUUGACAGGUAUUAAAGAUGAAGGAGAUUCUCUACAGAAAUAUAACAAUAUAGAAGUUAAAUCGGAACUAAAUGAAAGCAGCUGCAGCUAUGGACAGGAAUCUGUAUUAGAUGAGUUUAGUUCAGUGGAUAUUAAAAUCGAAAACAAUACAUUAGAAGAUGUAUCUAAUGAAAUUAAAGUUGAAACUAAAACAGAACUGGAGGAGCAUAGCAUUGAUGCCCCACCUGAUACUACAAUGGAAGUUGCAAGUACCAAGCCAUUCAAUUCUGCCAAAGUACAUUCGAAAGCAUGUACUGAUGAAAGACCAUAUAAAUGCGAAAUUUGUAAUAAUCUGUUUACUACAAAAGGUAAUUUAAAGAUACAUAUGAGAAGUCACAGUGGUGAAAAACCUUAUAAUUGUGAAAUUUGUAGUAAGCAGUUUACUGCAAAAAAUACUUUAAAUAAUCAUAUGAGAAUUCACACUGGUGAAAAACAUAACUGUGAAAUUUGUAAUAAGCUGUUUAUUACAAAAGGUAAUUUAAAGAUGCAUAUGAGAAUUCACAGUGGUGAAAAUCUUUAUAAAUGUAAAAUUUGUAGUAAGCAGUUUACUGUAAAAAAAAAUUUAAAUAAUCAUAUGAGAAUUCACACUGGUGAAAAACCUUAUAACUGUGAAAUUUGUAAUAAGCUGUUUAUUACAAAAGGUAAUUUAAAGUUGCAUAUGAGAAUUCACACUGGUGAAACACCUUAUAAAUGUGAAAUUUGUAGUAAGCAGUUUGGUCAUCUAAGUGCUUUCAGUUAUCAUAUGAAAGUUCACACUGGUGAAAAACCUUAUAAAUGUGAAAUUUGUAAUAAGCUGUUUAUUACAAAAGGUAAUGUAAAGAUGCAUAUGAGAAUUCAUACUAGUGAAACACCUUAUAAAUGUGAAAUUUGUAAUAAGCUGUUUAUUACAAAAGGUAAUGUAAAGGUGCAUAUGAGAAUUCAUACUGGUGAAACACCUUAUAAAUGUGAAAUUUGUAAUAAGCUGUUUAUUACAAAAGGUAAUGUAAAGGUGCAUAUGAGAAUUCAUACUGGUGAAACACCUUAUAAAUGUGAAAUUUGUAAUAAGCUGUUUAUUACAAAAUGUAAUUUAAAGGUGCAUAUGAGAAUUCACACUGGUGAAACACCUUAUAAAUGUGAAAUUUGUAGUAAGCAGUUUACUCUCUUCUCAUAUUUAAAGCGGCAUACGAGAAUCCACACCGGUAAAACUUCUUCUUCUUCUAAUGGCGCUACAACCCUUUGUGUGUCUUAAGGAAAAUUCAUAUUUAUCCGUUCGGGCAUCUGUUUCCGAAAAAUAUUGAUUUUAUGGUUUUAAAUAUGAACAGUUCAUACUGUCCAGGGCGUAUAGUAUCAGACAACUGUUUGUAAAAUCAGGUUUUUAUAUUUUUCGGAAAUUAAACGCUACGUGCCCGAACGGAUAAUAUGAAUCUUCCUUUAGCCUGCUUAAGAAUGUUCUUCAGUGGCGACGCGUGACUUUUUCUAAAGUGUUUUCUAAACCAGAUGUAAAAAAAUCUUAUUUAAAAAAAGAUUAUUUUGAACCUCCCAAAUAUAAUUUUUUGUUUUCAAUCCUGUGGGAUAAAAUUAAACAAAUCACUAUUCCAAAAUUAUAUGUAAUAGGUCAAAUAGCAUUUGUAGAUUACAAAAAAGCUUUCGACACCAUAGAACACACGGCCGUAAUAAACGCAAUGCAAGAUUGUAGAAUAGACAGCGGAUAUAUUAACUUAAUAAAAGAAGCUCAAGAAGCCCAAACUAUUCACCUUAGUUUUGGAGGACGUUUUUAAGAACGUAAAUUGGAAAUGUAAGGGAAUAAACAUCGAUGGCCGCUACCUCAGUAAUCUACGAUUUGCGGAUGACAUAAUCCUGAUGGCUACUCUGCCCUCCGCAUGGAAAACCACCGCAUCUGCAGUACUUAUUAUAAUGAGUAAAUGGACUUCAAAGAAUCUGCAACUUUUAAAAGGUGCUAAAAUUUUUAUAACAAUGUACGCCAGUCAAUGGGAGCAUAAAUAGGAUAUUACCUCCGAAUUCUACCCUACUGCAUGGAUUUUAAUUAAAUUUUAGGCCUAGCCUCUACUUAUCUCCUAAUUCAAAGUCUACCCUUUGCCGAUGUGAGCUUCUAUCUUGGGGGUGGUUCCCAACCCCUCCUUAGGGGUGGAAAAUUUUUUGGUUAAAAUUACCACGGAAGUAGCUAGAGAACAUAAUUCUGAGCAAAAACUGUUGUAUAAUUUUUUUUUGAAAACUCAAUACUUUUUGAGAUAUUCAUGGUUGAAAAUUGACCAUUUUCAUUGAAACAUAAUACCUUUUCGAACGGUUUUUGCGAAUACCUUAAAAACUAUGCAUCUAACUAAAAAAGACUAUAUUAAACAUUUUUGUAAGUUAUAAAAAAACAAAGAGAGACUUACCUUCAUAAAUCUUCUAGUUAUAAUACAAAAAGAGAUAUGGUAGGUGAAAAUAGUUUGUUUUUUGGUAAAUUCUCAAAUUGGUGUAUUUAACUUGAAAAAAAAAGAGAAACAGUCGGUUUUAGUUGUAUGUAUAAUGCUACUAAUACCUUUGGUAGUGCUUGAAAAGACCUUUAAAUUGAGCUAUAUUAAAGGUCCAUUACAUUAAAACUAAGCGAGAUAUGCUGCAAACAAAAUUGAUAACUAAUGUAUUUUAAGAAAAAAUGAGAAGUAAUUUUAACCCCCAUCCACCAAAAUAUAAAUGCAUGGAUUUCCUUCUACAAUACCUUUUAUUAUAGUGUUAUUGAAGUUAUACUUCUUUAGGCGCGAUUGAGAUUGAGGGUGAUUAUUUAUUAUUAAUCUGCGCGCAUGCGCACACGGACAGUAUGGUAUUAGUCGUUAUUCGGGCUCUGAUUGGGUGUUGAAAUGACCUGUCAAUAAUAAAUAAUUAUUGUUCAAUAUGGAGGUAAACAAAUGUUGCAGAAUAUAUUAGUUUUAUUGUUGUGAGGACAGAAACAAAAAAAGUUUAUAAUUGUAGUGACUUUCUAAAUAGUUUUUAAAAGCAACAGGUACGUAAUAAUUGUAAAUAUUUCAGUAUCCUAAUAAAAAAUUUCAUAGGUACCUACCUAUUUGAACCUACCAAAAUACAUAGUAUGUAAUACUUUUAUUUACAUAAUUUGAUUACCAUCAAAAUUUCUAUCAAUAUUCACCUAAUAUAUUGUCACAGUGGUGAAAAAUCUUAUAAUUAUUGUGAAAUUUGUAGUAAGCAGUUUACUGCAAAAUAGGACACUACUUGGAACUCAAGUAGACAUGGAAGAUGAAAUGGGUAUGAUCUUCGUAGAAGAGAAUGGAGUAGAAGCUCCAACCAUAGAGGAAGUUUUCGAAGCCAUUAAGGCCAAGAAAAACAAUAAAGCUCCGGGAGUUGAUGAAAUACCAGCAGAACUAUAUAAGGUAGGUGGCGACCACCUAGCAAGCCACAUCCACGCGCUCAUCAGAGACGUAUGGCAAGAAGAGAAAAUACCCGACGACGAAGAAAAGUAUAGUAUGCCCGAUCUAUAAAAAAGGAGACAAACUCCAGUCAUCUCCAGUGCAAAAACUACCGUGGAAUCUCUCUACUAUGUACAGCAUAUAAAGUCCUCACGUAUAUUAUAAACCAGCGGCUCCAACCACUAGCAGAAUAUAUUAUUGGAGAGUAUCAGACGGGCUUCCGACGGGGAAGAUCGACACUGGAUCAAAUAUUCACAGUAAAACAGAUCUUGAGCAAAGCAUGGGAACACGAUAUUGAUGUUCACAACGUGUUUGUAGACUUCAAACAGGCAUACGACUCAGUCAAAAGGAACAAACUAUACUAUAUAUUGGCUGAAUUGGCAAUAACACACAAGUUAAUAAGACUCAUUAAA